AUGAAAAAGUUCCUUUUUAAAAUAAAAGCAUUUUACGUUAAAGACUUCUUAUUUCUCAAAGAUUCGAAGAGUAUAACAUUUAAAAUGGCCAUUGCGAUGAUAUUUAUUGAAAACCUUUAAAUGCUAUCAGUGUACACUAAUAGCCUUAACACAAUUUAGUAUGAUGAAUUUCUAAAUUAAGUUCAAUCCUUAAUCAACUAUUUUAGGUCAACUAGAUAUCAUAUAUAUUAGGAUUUACACUUUAUUUGGAAACUCAAUUACUGUAAGAAUUGCAUGUGUAAUGGUUGGAUUUUUGAUAAAAACCAUAUUUUUAUUAAGACUACUCCAUUUAGUGUUAUGUUAACCUUUAUUUCUCAAAGAGAAGUUGACUCUUCAUGAUUUACCAUUAGAUCAAGUAUUAAUAUAUAUAAAUAUAUCAGAACAAAUAAAAUUAUCAUUUUGAGAAAUCAUGGCAGUCAAUAUUGCUUUCCUGGUACAUGAAAAUCAAUCUUGAAGUCAUAUAAAUACCAUUUCUAUUUUGUGCCAUUAGCGUUGUCACUGAUCUGAUUGGUCUCAGUAUUAAUUAUUUUUAUUUAGAAAGUUUAAAUGAAUUUGAAUAAAUUGGAUUGCUUUUAAGCUUCAUACUAAUUAUUUAUUAAUUACUUGUAGGUGCAUUCCUGCAUUUUCAUCAGGCUGAUUACAGAAUAAAAGAUUACGAUUUUUUAGGGAAACUCAAAGGGUUAGAAAAUUAAAUUCUUUAUGGAUUGAAAAUACUGUAAAAAUUAUGAUUAUCUCCUUAGUAUAAUAUUUUUAUCUGGAAGUUAAUAAAAUAAUAUUGUUAUUUAAACCUUAGGAUUGCUUAUAAACAGUAUAUAGGCAAUUUAUAACUAUAGAUAGCUUAUUUAUAUAGAUCAUAGAAUAACGAAUAUGGCUAAUUAGAUUAACUUUCUAAUGCUUUUGUAUUAACUAGUAUUGAUUCUAUGUGAAUUUGAAGAGGCUAAAAUAAAAAUCAGUUCGUCAUUAUUGAUUCUUUUCUUUUCACCUCUGAUUAUUUUUCUGUUCCAUCAACUACAUAUUAGAUCAGAAUAGUACAAUAAAUAUACCGAUAACCAUCGAUAUUUAAGAAUAUUGUAUUGGAAAGCCAAAAAACUAAUCUACUUUAAAAAGAUGUCUUAUCAUUAGGAUUAAUAAAUACUAUUUGAAAUAUACACAGUAGUCAGAAGCCAUUUAUAAGAAUGCAAAUAAAUAAGAAUAAGAAAAAUGUUAAAAAUGCCUAGUUUCAAAUAAAAAUGCUUUUGUUCUUCUUUUUAAAACCAUAACGAAUCAUUCUAAAACUUGGAGUAAUGUAAGGAAUUUUUGAAAUUAUUGUUGGGUUAAAUAUUGGAAGAUUAAUUAAAGGAAGAUGGCAGCAUUCAGAAUUCCUUAGCUUAUAUAUGCUAUUUGACUGAAAUCAAAAAGGCACCUAUCUCAGCAAUUUAUGAAAUAAUUAGAACUUCAACUAUAGAAAAUGUAUAUAUAUAUGCCAAAGUAAUAGCUUCCAUUAAGAUAAAAGUAGAUUAUACACUAGCUUUAAUAGAGUUCAUUAAUAAAAUUUAAUCAAUUAAUAAAGAAGUAAAAUUUAUUAAAUCAGAUGUUUGAUUUUAAAAGAGCCUACCAAUUUGAAGAAUCCUUAAAGAUUUUGAAGUUAAACCUUUAUGUCAUCGUCAAACAAGAAAUAGUAAUAAACAAUAAUAUAUUUAGGAAUUCUAUGAAACCCUUUUUGCACCAAUCAUAGACGCAUCAAUUUUGUAAGAAAAAGGGUUACAGUUAGUGAAUAAUAUUACUCUUCUGGAAAAAUAGAUUUAACUUGUUUUUAGGACUAAUCCACAAAACGGAGAGUGUGACACAAUUUACAAACUAUUUCAAAAAUACAUAAACAUCAACAAGGUUAGGCCAAAAUUAUAUAAGAGAGAAGGUCAAUUAAUGGCUGAAUUUAUUUAAUCAAUUGAUAAAAUAAUUUACAAUUAAAAUAGUUGUGUGGUUUAAAUUACUUUAUUAUAACCUAGAGGAAAUGUAAUUAGAUACACAAGAUCAUUUUAACAAGUGCUAUAAUAUAAAGAUGAUGAAAUAAUGAAUUAAAACAUUAAAAAAUUUAUACCUUCAAUCAUUGCUAGUGAUCAUGAUUAAUAUUUGAAUAAUUUUGUUGAAACUGGAAGAAUUAAUGUAUUAAAAAGAGAAUUAAGAAUUAUUUUAGUAAAAUUAAAAUCUGGAUUUGUGAUUCCAAUAAAUACUCGGUUAAGAAUUGAAGUGAAUUCUUAAUAAUUUGGAGCCUAAGCUCUUAUGACACCAGUUAAUUAUUCAUAUGGCUAUUUGAUGCUUAAUGAAUAAGGAUAAAUAGAGGAAAUAACAAAGAACAUAUAUGAAGACAUAUUUAAGUAAUAUUUAGGAUUAGACUUCGAUUUUGUAAGGGGUUUAGACUUCUUACUUAUGAUUCCUGACUUAUCGAAGAUAUGGGAAAGCAUAUUUGACGAGAACUUUGAAAAACUAGACUUAUAUUUAGAAGGUUAACUAUUGAUUCCAGUAAUAGAGAAACAAGCAGUCUCACCAAUAUAUUCAUUUAAUUAUGGGAACAAACUAUCUCUUAACAAAAGACUAGCAGAAUACAUUAAAAACAAUAGCUAAAGUAUUAUUAAAUAUUAGAUAAAUCUUCAUCUUACUAGUCUAACUACAAUAAAUCUAAGGUAAUGUUUGUAUGUAUUAUAUGUAGAGUAGUUAUUGUAGAAAUUCCAGAAUACAAGUAAACGAUUAAUAAAUAAUAUGCAAGUUAAUUGGAAUUAUAUAACUAAUAAGUGUAGACACAUAAAACAUCAGUGAAUUUCACUCAUCAAUCAGACUUGCCUACUCAUAAAUCUUGCGGAAUAAACUCUCCAUUGAACACACCUCCUCCCACAAAAACUUUAAUAAAUGAAUAUGAUUUAGAUUAUGAAAAUUUAAUAGAAGAAAAAAAAAUGAUACAGGAAUUUAGAAAUCAAUUAGCUUCAGUUACAAUGAAUAACACAUUAUAGAAUAAUUCUAAAGAACCUUUAAUUUAGCAAUAAUAAUAAUAAUGCGAAAAUGUAUAUGAGGCCAAAAUAGUUAUUAUGCCUUAACCUGUUUUAUCUUACAAAAGUGAGGAAUUUGAAUAGAAAUAAUUCUAGCAAGAUUAGUUGCAAUAAUUAUAAUAAUAUAAUGGAUCAGUUGGGAGUAGAUCUUCCUAGAAUAAUAGCAAUACAUUUAAAAUGUAAAUAAAAGAUUGUGUAUAAAAUAAAAAAGAGUUAAAUUUAAGGAUAAAAAUCUUUUUAUUCAUUUUUUAUUCUUUAUUAUUAGUAGGGUAUAUCUUAAACUAUUGUAUUUUAUACUUUAAUUUCCAAAAGAUCAAUGUCAAUUUAAAUUUUGAAAGUCUACCUUAUCAAUUCAAUUACUAUUAUCAUGAAUUUGUUAUUGCAUAGGUUUACAUAUCUGAAUAAGAAUUUAAAUUCAAUCAGCUACUCAAAACUUCAUUAUAUUAUUUCCAAAAUCAAUAGAAAAAUGUUGAUUAAAUAAUAUCUCUUAUGCCUCAAAUUAAUAUCAUAAAUAAUUAAACAUUACAAAGAAGAACUGUAAAUGUUAUGUCACAAAUGUCCGAGGUUUACGAUUCCAAUUAAAGUAUAUCUCUCUAAGAGUAUUUAAAUAAUAGUGAUGCAUUUCAUACAUUACUGGAUACAUUUAGUGAAGCCAAUUCUCCUUCAUCAAUUUCUAGUCUGCUUAGUUAGUAUGAUAAUAUUUACUAUAUUUUAGUUUUAUCCUUGAAGAAAUCUUGCUAUUUAUACUGUUAUCCAGUUAUGCCUAUUUUUACAUUUCCAUACUAAAGAUGAAGGUAAAAUUUUUUAAAUUAUUUUGCACUUUUUCGAAAGAUUUUGUAAAGGAUUAGUUUAUUUAAUAUCAUUCAUUGUAUAACUAAAUUAAUCAUGCUAAAUUUAAAACUAAUGAAACAAAUGAAGAAUCAUUUGAAGCAUCAAUGAUUAGUUACUUUUAAAAGAAUUCAACCCAAGGAAAUUUGGAAGGUCAAGUGAGAGUUGGUAAAUAGAUUUCUACUCCAUGUAACUCAUUUAUUAAUUUUAUUAGAAAUCAACAUGAAUUUAAUAUUUUUCUUUUUCGUGAUGCUUUUGAUAUCUGUUUUUAGUUCAUCAUACUAUUUGGGAACAUAUUUACUUUAAAAAUAAGUACUUAUUACCAUAGAGACAAAUUAUUUUGAAAGGAUAUAUUAUGAAAACAUAGCAAAUCAUUAAGUAUUUGCUUAUUCACAUUCAGCAUUUUUUUACAAUAAAACUAUUACCGAAGAAAUGCUAUUAUAUCAAACUAGUGCCCUAGCUGAAUUGUAGGAAUUUAUUACUUAGAUAGCACUAAAAUAACAUUCAAAUAAUAUGAUUAUUUAAAAUAUAUUAAUAGAUGAAAUUUGUAAUGUUUUUCAAGAAGGAAUGUAAAAAUUUAGAAUAUUUCUAGAUCAAUAGAGGACACUGACUAUUAAAAUUUAUUUUCAUUUGAGCAGUGCUAAUCUAUCCCUUCUCUUUCAAAAGGUCUAGUAUAUGUUGCCUAGGAAUUAUUCUCCAUCUAUAAUGACAUUGUAUAGAACUUAAAAUAUAAUGAAACAUCUAAGUUUCCCUUAUUAUUAGAGGCUGAUAUAUAAAUAGAGAGACUGUAUUCUCAAUUCAGCUUUUAAAUUAUAAUAGAAUUACUUAGAUAAGAAAUAAAAGAUUUGAUACAAGAAACUUUUUACUUAAAUACUGUAAUGUUUGUCUUAGCAAUUAUAUUGGCAAGUUUGACUUUAUUCAUUGCAAAGUUGUCAAUUGAAAAGAUUUAGUCGUAGCAUUCAGAAAAUAAAAGAAUAUUAACAUUAUUUCCAUAUGAUAGAUUGAUGGAGAAUGCCUAUGUUCACAGUUUUAUAUCACAAGAUUUGCAUUUUUUAGUUUGA